UCCCCGCCCCUACUCUCCACUCCCUUUUGUGCGUAGGCAAAUUGCAGAAGAAGCUCUGUCCAUGGCCUUGGCCCCAUUCGCACACAGGCACCAUUCAUGAUCCCAAUAAAAACUUGCAUUUACAUUACGACAAAACCCUCCAUUAAUUUCUCAUCACUCUCCUCUCUUUCUCACUCUCUACCGUCGAAGAAACACUCCCAAAACAACCCCACUUUCUCCCCCAAAAAUGAAACCCGACCUUCCACCUACAAUGGCCGCACUGAAGAAGGACUCUCCAUCAGAAACUGGGGUCUCCUUUUUCCUCUCAAGAAAAGCUCGCUACAAGUUCUGGGUAUUGGCCGCCAUUCUACUCCUCGCUUUCUGGUCCAUGUUCACCGGCUCCGUUUCCCUCAAAUGGUCCGCCGGGACUUUCGCCAGAUUCUACGACGGCCCCCGCAAGCCGAUCUUCGAUGAUCUUGACAUUCUGGUGAUCCUUUUAGCCAUUUCCAUGGAAGUUGAAGAGCGGGAGAGGGAUGUCCGGCACAUGUGGAAUCUGUACUCCCAUGGAGGCGGCGGCCGGUUGCCGCGAUUCUGGUUGGAGGCUUUUGAAGCGGCAUACGAGGAUUUGAUCGGCGAUGUUCCCGCCGUUCGAGAUGCUGCCCUUUUGGAGAUCGCUAGGAUGUCUCUGCAAUCUGUUCAUGUCGACCCAAUCCCGAUCAAGUCCAAGGUUAGCCGUCGAGAUCAAACAUUUUCUUGAACCCUGUCUUGUUUGUGAGACUGUUUCUGAUUGAAAUUGGUUUCUGAAACCAAUGGGUUGGAUCCUCUUGGCGAUGAAAAGGUUCCUUUCUCUAUUUUAUUUUAUUU